AUGGCUGGCUUAUCAGUAUCUCUCAGAGAUUUUGAUAAACUCUCAGUCUUACCCGCACGAUGCAAGAUCACGAUUGCCGCGUAUCCGCCAGAAAUCAGCUUACCAGUCACUGACUAUAAGACCUGUUCGUUGGAUUCCUUUUUGAUCAUUGGAAGCAAGGUAUCAACUAUUUUGAGAUUGACAGAAUCGACCAACGGAGCCGAAUGCAAAAUUUCUGAGCAGAGGGUCUUUUGUUCCACAGCGGUAGAUGUUGAAGACUUCAGCACCUUACAAAUCUCCUCUGUUAAUUUGUCAAGCGAAGAUGAUGUUGCUAAAGUGUGA